GGUCGGUCUUUAGUUCGGAACGAGCGAGCGCGUAACGUGGUCAUCGCGCGUCCAGCACGGGGACCAAUUCGUGCGGGAGUUUUUCUCCGUCCGUUUCCCAGCCACGGCGCUGUUUGUGUGUGUGUGCGUGUGUUUGUGCAGUGCUUGGGAGGUGGUUAGCCAAGAACGAAAAAACGAUUUCUCUCCCCCCACCACCGACCGGGGAGGUAAAGAACUAAUUCCGCUAACCGGAACUGGUACACGGGCCACGGGAUUGCUACUGAUACUGGUCGACUGAUACUUGCCCCCCCUGAGAGGAAGGGCAAACAAUGCAAAGUCAUAGCUCGGGGCUGCUGGCCUACCGUUUCACGGACUAUUGAUUGGUUCAGCGCCUUUCAGCGUGUCCCCGAUAUGUCCUCAAGAAGUGUUUGAUCGCUUUUUCCACUUCGGAGCGGGAGACACGUCGAACGUGUUCGAACGACAAUUAGGCCACCCGGACACACCCGGAGGGGGAGGGGUGGGCCAGUGAGGAACAAAACCAACGACAACAAAACCCCAUCAAUCGGGCGUGAUUGGUACGUGAUUUUUACCGUACGUCGUCCUGAACCCGAGCAUCGUCAGGCUGUCGUCAUCGCAGUGUGUGAGGUUGUGUGUCGCUCUCUUUCUCGUUACCGUAAACCGGUCAUUUCACAGUGGAAGUGUAAUUUUUCCAUGCCUUCGUUGGGCGCAGCAGGAAACAAUCGACCGUAUCGGGGCUUGUGUGUUUCUGUGUGGCGAUGGCUUCGAUUCGAUAUCGUUCCAUUUACACUAGAGAUUAAUGGCGGUGGCGGUGACGGUGUAUGUGUGUUUGAUAAGCCAAUAGGCAAAGUCGAUCAAUAGUGUGCGGCGUCAAUUGAUUGGAUCGUGAGUGAGUGAGCCCUUUUUUUGGCGUAUCUUCUUCUAUUGUUUACAACUCCAAAGCCGUUCGCCGUUCUUUCCACUGCAAUCUUUCCAACCCCACUAGACGACGCAAUUAAGCAACGAUUUCCCGAUGGCGAAUCUGUUCGAGUGCGUCGUCAGCGGAACCGGCAGCCGGUGGAUGGUGGGCACGCUCAUCCUGACACACUUGAUCGCGUACAAUGAGGCGGGCGGUCCGGGCCUGAUGAUAGGGAUGGCGCUCGCCGCCCUGUACGCCGCCCUGGCCGGCACGUGCAAAUCGGGCAUCAAAUCGCUACAGAUCUCGUACAUUCGCACCACGCACCGGGUCGACUUCUUCUGCCUGUUUCUGGCGAAGUGGAUGGACAUAUUGGCCCUGUUUUCGGCCUGUGCCGUGCUGGUGCGUACGCUCAGCUCCUGUCUUGACGCCAUGACCGGCGGGCUGGCGAGGAUGUAUAUUUUAGGACGUAACUCGCCCGCCAACGAACCCUGGCCGGACGUAAUCGGUGUGGUGGUCAUCUUUAUCGUAACCGGCAUGUUUAUGCUCGGGCUGGAAAACACCCGAAUCUUUGGGCUGCUGAUGACGGCGGGCGUGCUGCUCGUCGGCACACUGAUUGUCAUCAUUACGGGGCUGCGCGGCAAUCCGGCCCUGUUCCGUACCGAGCCAAUACUGCCGAAAGGAGUCGUCGGGCUGCUUUCCGGGACGGCACUGUCAACGUUCACUUACUCGAACGAUUUACUAAACGGUAAUUACAUCAAACGUCUCCUGGGAUUGGUCGUUAUCCUGCUAGUUUUACUAUCGACCGAGCUAGUCGGCGCGUGCUUAACGAUGCUGAUAAAAUUCAGCUCUAGCCACGAUUAUGAAGCCGUCCCGAUACUGUCCAUCCUGGAGCUGAAGGACUUUCACAAGCUCAUACCGGCCGUUGCCUGUCUGCUCGUGCUCACCUGUUCCGGUGCCCUACUGGAGCUGUUUCCCGAGAUGUACACCGAAAUCGUCCAGCUAACCACGUCCGAUUGGCGCAUUCUGGCGAAGCAGAUCGGUUACGAAAACCGGGACAGUGGCAGCCCGACCCUAACCAUCUUUACUGGGGGUAGUCUGUGCGCGAUGCUUGCCUUUGCCUGUCCGCUGGAAAAUCUCACCUACAUACUGGCCGCAAGCAGUGUGCUGGCGACGCUGCUUCGAUCGUUUCACUUUCUUUAUCUGCCGUUUCGUCCGCACUAUCUCGCGCAGCAAAAUGAGUCCAGCCUUGGCUACAGUCGGUUGAACACGGGCAAUCGAUCUUCCUCCACUGCCGGACAGGCAAACACCACCAACGGGCUACGAACUGCACACAGUCGUCGCUCCAGUCUGUGGUGCUUUAAGUCGUCCAACUUUUGUUCCUCAACGAAAGCCGCCCUGGCACAUCACGUCCUGCCCGGCAGUCGGGGCGGUAUGUCACACACGCUGAACGGUGGCAGUCGGGAGGAGCACGAACGAGAGUGGUUGCUGCUGGGUGAACCAUCCUCACCGAAGGGCCCACCACACAGCCCACCCGGGACGGUGGAGUCAACGGUGCUGUCCGAUCAGAUCUCCGACAUUGAGUGUAUUGCACUGGCUAAGCCGGAAAAUAUGGAUAGUGAGGACAGCUCGACGGACAUUGAUGCGAUUGUGGAUGAGUACCGGCAGAAGGUGACCGUUUCGACGGCGGGGUACACGUCCGAUGGGGACACGUUGCGGUUGCCGACCGCGAACAGCUGGUACCUGGCGAUCAUCUUCAUUGUGCUGAUCGUACUGGGGAGUGUGAUAACCGCGUCCGGGUUGAUGCUGUGGGAUACAAUUAUGAUCAUUGCUGGAGUUAAUGUGGUUUUCAUUCCAGCAACAAUUCUGCUGCUCUUCCCGCGGUAUGAUCAGGCAAGCUCCACAUCGGCAACGCCGGCCCUGAUGAGCUGCGUGCUAACUGUGCUCGCAUCGUUCAUCCUGUUCUCGGCCUCCUUUGCACAGUCGUGGCCAGCGUUGUUGCUAUGGUUUCUGGCAGGACUGUUUCUCUUCAUCCGCUGCGACACCUGGUGCUGUCUCUGCUUGGACCGACCGGGCAGCGGCCAAACGACACUCAUCACGAGCGUAUCCACCACCAAGACGACCACCAUUCGCGUACCCCGCCCACCGAAGGGUGCCAUCAUUCAGGCGCGCAUUGCCGGGCACAGCUGACACUCGGACUCGACCGAUAGCGAGCUGUUCGAGGACGAGGACACGGUCGAGGAAUGGACUGACUGAUGGAUCGAGGAACACACCACCACUGCAGCCCAUUGUGGUGUGGCGGUGUAGAGAGAGCGAGAGAGAGCAAGAGAGAGUGAGGUGCUUCCACCGUCAUCGGAAACGGGUUGGAAGAUGCGGUGAUCAACGAUCGAACGAUCGAUAGAGCAGAGGAUGGAUGAUCACGUUCCAGUGUUUUCGUACCUAAAUCUCUGUGAAUGUGUGUGUGUGUGUGUAUGUCAUGUACGUGAGUGUGUGUUUGUGUGUAACAACCAUCCAUCCGUUCCAUUGACUCCCCCCGGAAACUCCCAUUUCCCGGAGCCCGGAGGGAGUCGUCGUUGAAAAAAAAGGCAAUGAUUGCAUAUAUAUAUGUGAAUGUGAUACGAUAAAAAACCAAAGGAAAUACGAGUGAAUGCCUCCUGAAGUAGGAAGAAGGGUAGUACUAGGCAGAUGGUAGAUUAGAAGUUUCCCUCUUUUUGCAAUAUUCUAAAACCGCGUGUUACAGAGCAAGACGGGCAGGAAUGGGUCGACGUUGAGCGGAUGGGAGCCUCCGUCAAUUAAUAGAUACAGAAAACGACAUUCACACAACGAACAAUUCAAAUAGUGCUUUUGUUUUUGAAUGAACAACCGGCCCAACAGUUUGCAGUAGAGAUAGAGAAAGCCAAACCAAAGCUAUUCCGAUGUAUUCUCUUUUAAAUCAAAUCACUCUCUCGAGCCUAACUUGUGCGGCCUUCAGCAAAACCAAUGAUUGUAGUACUAGUAGAUAGCGCGUACGGUUGCGAGGUUUUCGGUUCGCAUUUUGCAAAACAGUUUUGCAGCCUCUUUUUGCGGCAGCCUCUGUAGUUGAAGCUGGAUUGGUAGAAACCAGAUAGUCCCGGAAGGAAUGCCGGAAGGUGAUAAAAAUAUAUAUAUUUUUGCAACAACCGGAAGGCUUUAGCGCAAGUGUCGAGUCGCGUAGUUGCGUAGUUAUUUUAAAGCAUUUUUUGAGGAGAAGCUAAAGGGGACAGGCGAAUAGUAGCAUUUGUUAGUAGAAAACGGUUUUUGGGGGUGAAUGGGGGAAGCAGCAUUAGGAUAGAAAGUGCUACGGUGGAAGGAAAUAACAGAAAAGAGAAUCGGUUUACUAUAUGGUUUUCCGGGUAAGAGGGAACCACUUUCUUCUCGGUGGGCAAUAUUACACGACACAGAGAGACAGACGGAGGAUGGAGGAAACGCUAUUUUAAUCAUUCUUCUCGCUAGCUCUGCAUGUUUCUGAGUGGUUUCGAAUAAGAUUCAUCUUCGCCCUCCCCUAUACUGAGCCGUGAGCUCACAAAACAGUCUGCUGUGCUUGUGGAAAGUUGUAUAUGGAACUGUUUUUCCUCCAAUUUGGUGUGUGUUACCGCUGUACUAUAUAAAAGGAUGAUUUAAAAUAAAGUGUUCCUUAAGCUACUAAA